AUGACAUCCGUGGCCGCAGAGGUUUCCUUGCAUUGCAUGAUCUGUUAUGAAGAAUUCAAUACUCGCGAUCGGGCUCCUGUAGUUCUCCCCUGUGGGCACACUUAUAUCUGCGAAGUAUGCGCAAAGCGGCUCAAGAAAUGCAUGGAAUGUCGAGAACCGCUCUUCUGGGCACCUCCUGCUCAGGAGCAAAAAACAAUGCCUUCGGGAAUGAAUCUGAAUUCAGGACGAUCACCGCAACCAUUGCGGUACACCGGAGGCUCUGUAAAUCGAGGUCGCUUUUCUCCAGGUCCUCAAACACCGCCUCAUCCUGCGUACGGUGGUAUAGCUGCUGCUGCUCCUGCCCCAACGCCCAAAAAGGAAGUACCAUUGCCUCUCCCACGAAAUAUUGUUCUGCUAGAGAUGAUUGAAGCAGCGGAGAUGCAGGCAAGGAUGAUUGAAAAGGAACGGCUAAAAAGAGCUCAUUCUACUCGCGAUGGCGAAGAUGAUGAUGACAAGUUAAUUGAGCCUACUCUGGCAGGUAUGACAGCACUGGCUGGAGCUUGCGGAACGUAUGCUGUAAGGGAACCGUUGGGUCUUGCUGUCUUGCCUUUCGAUCCCAACCUUCAACAUGACAAGCGAAAAGCGGUAAACGCGGGGGAAGAAAAGAAGGUAGAGGAAUCUAGGGAGCCAUUCACUAUCGAAGAUGGACAAACUGUCCAAGUGGUUGCCGCUGAAGAUGGAGUCUACAAACUUGCCAGAGAAGUGGGGUACAUUAUGGCGUCUGUAAAUCAACUUGUGAAAGUGGGUGGCCCUCUGGAAAAGUCAUGUCGGCUGGAGGGAAUGUUGGAUUCUGUAAUGGAAAAGCGAAUGCAAUUACAGAAGGAAUUGGACGAAGUUGAUCUUCUGGUCAAUGGUUUGCGAAAUCAAAUCAAGGAUGAACAGGAUCAACCCGAGGAACACCCAGUUAUAUCAGCGCGCAAGGAGUCUAUUUCAGCCCUUCGCGACGAGCUUGAUGUAGGAGGAGGAGGCCCACAAACUCCGACGACACCACCAAAGCGAUCGCAGACUCAGGACUUGCUGCUCCAUUCAUCAACAACGGAUUCAACGGAUGUAGGCCUGGACUAUCACAGAACCCCAGAACACAGACCAAUUUACGAGAACUCUCCAGCACGAUCAUGUCCAAUGCCAAGUACUGAACAUGCAGACGUCACUGAUCCCCGUUUACAACAACCUUUCAUGGACGAUCAAACAGGCGGCCUGCCAAGGUAUCGUGUUAGUAACGAUGAUGCUGAUUUAGGUAUUACGGGAGGUCUGCUGGGGUUUGGAUGCGGAUCAGGACUCUUUGGGGAACGACUAUUGGAGGAUGGGCCUCAACGUAACAGGAUCCAAGGCAUUGAUUCAAUGCUGCCAUCAUUCGACGAUGAUGAUCAAACACUGGGUGGAAGGAGUUUCAUGACAGCACGCACUACGGGAACUACCGGAACUUCUAGGGGGUACAGACCUACUCGAACAGGAUCUUUUGACGGGGGAACAGUCAAUUUCAGAACUGGGAUGAGUGGGCAUGCGGGACUAUUACAAUCCAAAAAGCACGCAAGCCCAAAUGCGCAUAAUCGUCGGGAAGUUCGUAUGAUGAGUGAUCAUCGAGGCGUGGUGCAAGCGCGUGGAAACCAAUCCUGA